AUGGCUGCCGUCUCGAAGUUCGACCGUAUUGUCCCGCUUCCGCGGACGUUGCAACUCAUCACCGUUGCGACGUUCCUGAUGUCGCUGGCGGAUUUUAUCAUCGGCAUGCUCGACCUUGGAACGGCAGGCUUCUUCCUGAAUGUAGCCGCAGCAGGGUUCACCAUGGUUCAUGAUAUGACCGUAGUGUGGUACGCACGGCGCAUCUAUCCGAACGAAAAGCCAACAUUCUUCCCGCCGGCCGCGGCACCCAUCAAUAUCAUGUUCCUCGGCGCCUGUGUCUUCACCUACACGGUUGCCUGUGGCAUGCUUGUCUGGACAUCUACUGCGGUCUUCGACGGGACCGUCACUUGGGGAACCCCGGCCGGACGCGGGACAGUCGUUACACAAGUUAUCCUGUCUGGAACAUGUGCUGCGGUCCUGGCAUAUGAGGCUCUGUGCAUCCUGUGCACUUCUUUUUGGCACGGCUCGCUAGAGGAGGGCCUCAUCUUCCGGGGAUUUCUACUCCCCGGUUUGUCUGAGAAGAUCACCACGACUUCUUCGCGGGCCAUGGUCGGACUUUGUAUCGCUCGUCCCUACUGA